AUGGACCAAAAUACUACCCAAAUGUCAUAUGAAUAUGAAAUUCAGUUUUUUGGAUUCACUCCAGAUUCAUUCGUAAAUGGAGGUGAGACUGAGUUCUAACGUCAUCUUGUUUAGAAAGCUAAUCAACUUAACUCAGCUGAGAUAGUUUUCGUGUCCACAGAACUUUUCCUUUUUGUGUGUUGCUUCCUUAGUUUAUAAUGCUGUUAAUGACUAUGUGGUUGACUGCUUUCAAGAACUCGAAAAUCUUGUCAAAAGCGAGGUAGGUCUUAACAUUGAGUUUGAAUCUGUAGUCUGUAUGGUCUGACACUUUACAGCACCUACUUUUGAACUUCGUCAUAAAUAGAUAGUGGAUAGUGGGCAAGGGCCUGUUUGGAGUGGGGUAGGGACAAGAAAAGUUAAAAAAGUUCAAAUUUCAAGUAAUCCGUAUCGCGGGCUAAGAUGUUUUCCGUAUAACAAGAGUUUAGCUUGUUGAAGUGCAAGCAAGAAUCUGACAUAUGGGAUACCCCAACGCCCGCCCACCACCAAGGGUCAACAAAACCUGAAUCGUAGCCUUGUAGUAGGCGCUGGUAAUUAUCCCAUCACAGGCUGCGCGAGGGAACAUGAGUUCUCGAGAUUUCUUCCCUCGCCCUGAAAAAAGCUGGCACUUACUAUGGAUGCUACCUGGAUUGGACCAACCUACCUCUGUGAUUCACUAAACAACAAAAUUUAGGGAUAGGAUUACAGGGGUUGAACCGACCCAGUCUGAUCCAGGUAGUGUCCUCCUCCUUCAUCCCCCAACCCGCCCCCGCCUCAUUACAGCUGUUCACCCCAGUCCAGUUGCAUACCAACCGUGAGCGUCUGAUUUAUGUGAUUAUUAAAGUUGAAAACCAUUACUUUCUUCACAGCCAUCACUGUCUGGAAAUGUUAAUCAAGAACAACUUCACGAGGUAUGAUUCACUACAAAAUAUUAAAGAUAGCAGCUGCUUCGGCAAAGACCAACAACAUUUUUGGUCUAAUGAUGGAGCCAGUAUUUUUUUGAAGGUUUUCAGCCCUAAAAAUUCCUGGGUUGCCAUAGCCAAAAAUAAGCCCCAGGGCUUAUAUUUUUCAAAGGCCCUUUUUGAGGGGCUUACUUUUGGGGGGGCUUAUAUUCAGAGGGGCUUAUCUACGGAGGGAAAUUUGCGUUUCAAAAUUGAUCGGGCAAGCCUUAUAGUUGGAAGGAAAUUUACCAUUUUUGCUUUGUUUUACUUCGUAUUUGAGGGCAACUUCCAUGUAAAAGCCCCCGGGAGGGCUUAUAUUUGGAGGGGCAAUUUAACGGAGGGUUUUUUGCGUUUUUGGGGGGCUUAUAUUUGGAGGGGCUUAUUUUCGGAAUUUUACGGCAUUUCCCGUCGUCGCUUCUCUCCACCCUUUUUGUGUGGUGAGAAGCUACAACUGGAAAUACGUCUGCGUUCGCAGGCUAGGGGUGCCACCUAGGUGUUCGCAAAGGCUUCCCAUCAGAUUGCUAUUGUAUCAUUGCCCAUACAGAUCUGAAUAUUGUUAAAAAAGAUAAUAUUGAUAACAAUGAAAUUACUGCAAUUCUGUAUUUUCAUCUAGGAAAGUGAUAAAAUGGCUAAUAAUUUCUACAAGAGCAUAGACGAGGCUUUUGACAGAUUUGAGGUAGGAAACAAAGGAAUGGUUUAUCAAAACGUUGCUAACAGUGUUUGAAUACCUGUACAUGUAACUAUAGAGUGUUUUCACUCACGUGGCCAGCAUCUAUGCAAAUGUUUUGGAACAAAAGAAAUCAUUUGCAUAAGAAAAGAGUUCAUCUCCCACGGGGCUGGUUUGGGACACCAACAUGGCCGCCGUUUCAUUGUUUUGGGACACCAAUAUGGCCGACAUGACGUCAUGUGAAAACACUCUAUAGUGUUGUUUAAAUAUAAUGUUAUUAUUUAUUAUAAUUUGUUGAUUUGUUUUUCACAGAUCUAUGUAAAGAAAAACAUCUUAAAAAUUCCUCCUCAUGUUCUCUUACCUGAAGAUAAGGUAAAAAAAAUGGCUAUUUCCCAUCAGGUUAAUUACCAUCUGAAGGCCCAAUGUGAUUUUGUCAUUUAUACUACUGCAUGAGAAAUUACUGCAAUUUGAUUGGCUUAGAGCAGUCGUAUUUCAGCUUAAUUUGAAAUACCUACAUAUGAAAAUUACAAACCUUUUGUGGGUGGUAUAAACAAAUAAUAGCAUGAUUUGUACGUGAUAUUUGGCAUAAAUACCACUUGUGAUAUUUCAAAAUUGACUCAAAUUUCACUCGCCUAACGGCUCGUGAAAUUAUGUAUAACAAUUUCCAAAUAUCACUCGUGGUAUUUAUGCCAAAUAUCACCACAAAUCAUGCUAUUACCUAUACUAAUUUUCUCACUUAAUUUUAUAUUGCAAGUCUGUGCAUGAAAUCCUAUGGUGCUACCAUUAGAGUGAAACCUUGAUUCAGUAGUACUUUUACAUGGUACUAUCCUAGUAUGUUCUAAAUGUAGAGUGUGAAGAUAAUAUCCAAUGGUGUGACUGUUUUGGUUCAAAGGAAAGCACUUGUAAAGACUGUUUUGUAUUUAACAACUAAUACCUGAUUUUACAUAUGGACAUACAUUCCUUAUUUUGUUGAUUAUUAGAUUAUUUUAAUUAUUGUAGUUAGGUCUCCCCAAUUAUUGUACAAUGUAGGCUAGCGACCUCGACACCAUAAUAAAGUUCUUACUCACUCUGGUCAGGUGCACCAUGAUAAACUAUAUACAGUGGAAGAUGAGAAAAAGGUUGACAAGGAGAUUGAAGAACUGGAAAGAAAAAUCAAGGCAGUAAGUACAGGUGUCACUGAAAGUAUUAGAGUUUCCUUGUUCUUAGCCUGAGAAAACAGCUCACAUUUUAAAAUACCACCACUGUUUUCCCUGGAAAACAUCUGAGGAAGGAGCACAGAAAUUCCACUCUGAUGACAUGUCACUACUUAGAUCUGGGAAGUGCAUGGUCAAUGCGAGAACUUUGCUUCAACUAAUUUGGUUGAAGCAAAGUUCCCACAUUGCACCACCAAUCAGAAGCACUACCCAGAUCUGGGUAGUGAAACAUCUUUAUUUUGGAAUUUCUGUACACCGAGGAAACCAGUGGCGUCUGCAAAGGUCAGCUGUUUUCUCAGGCUUCAUUAACUUUCUGCAUUUUUUUUGUGGUCGGGGGAGGGAGGGGGGGGAUAAGAGGAGCACUUGAGUUCAGUUUAGUGUAGCAGUUGCCACCAAGGGAAGUAGCUACCUGUACACCAGAACAUGCAUCUGAAAAAUGUGUUGAACAUUAAUAAAAAGCAAAAUCAAAAAUAGGAAAACAUGGCAAAUGAACAGAAUUAAAAAUGGCACAACUGCUUUUGCGUAACUCAAACUGCAUUGUUUUUUCCCUUAUUUUGUCACACAUGGAAGCCAUAACUGGUACCUGAAAAACAUAGUCCUGAGACCAAAGGAGAUUAUCACCUCACCAGAUUUAAAAAAAUGGAAAUUGUGCAAUCAAGUCACCCACAUGAAAACGAUUAGGGGAACAGGGUAGGACUGAUUUGGAAAACUGUGCAUACCUCCAGAAAAUUUUUUAGCCCAACCGUUGCCACUUUGGCAUUAAGCCAACAACAACAAAAAAAGUGUUUAUUUUUGAGCCAAAUUACUUUGGUUUUCAACAGGUGGUUAAAACGUGGUGUUCCACUGCAUUUUACAAGUUAGAAAGUAGCAACCUUCCCAAUUUGAGUGCUGUGCACGAAUAGAAAUAAAAAUUGAUAUUUGUUUGCCGGUUAACUGAUCACCACUUCUAAUUUAUAAUAACAGGCCAAGUACGUAAAUACAGCACUGAAACAGGAAGUAAAAGAUUUGGAUGAUGCACAAGAACAGGUGAACAAUGUUGGAUGUUAGGUAUGAGCUCUGGGCCCAGUUCCUGGAAAGGUAGUUAACUUUAACCCAGGAUUAAGCCAGGUUAUCUUGUCUAAGGACAUAUAACUCGAGCUUAUAAAAUACUGAUAUUGAACCUUUACUCCAAGAUACAGUCAUGAUACACAAAAUGUUACUCUAAGCAAUACAUAGGAAGGUAAAACACAAAAUCGGAACAAAAUUUUAAUCCUAAAUUAGCACUAAUCGGCCUCUCAGGAACCGCGCCCCGUUUGUGAAGAGUACUGUUUUUUGAAUUUUUUUGUUAAUGGACGUUUUUCGAAAACAUUUUAGCUUGACAACUUUGGAAAACAGAUGGAUGUGAUACAAAAGGCCUCAGAAGGUACUUGAAGUUCUUGAACAGUUCUUGAUCAAUAUUGUUGCCAUUAUUUGGUUUUCUCACAUAGUCUCCAGAUUUUGGUUGACUUUGUCAGAUUUACCCGUUGAAUUUUAUUUUUGUCAGGUCUCAAGGAGAGUCUUGCUGUCACAUUUGAAGAAGUAAAGAAAGUUCAUGAAAUGAUAUCUGACGGACUCAGUGCAGGGACCCUUCAAGUUCAGGUAAAAAAUUGUUAAAAUUGGCAAAAACGACAGCAAAUUCCCAACUUGGCUGUGGUGAAUGAAAAGCUUUGUACAACGUGUAUACUAAAGAGAUGUUCCUUUUUUUUUCACUUUGUGCCCCUCUUUCAGACCUCAUCUGAUGGAAACUGUCCAAAAGACAGCAAAAAGAAGAAAAUAAAACUAGGAUGAAUGAAGACAUGGCAGCUUAAACAAAAUAUUAAUUAUUUCAUAUUAAUAAGCAUCAGGAUGACAGUGGUACUACGCUGAAGGUCUGAUUUUUUAAGAAAAAAAAUAGCCAUCCUUGAAGACCCAGGAAUUAUUUUAGAAUUUACUAAUUCUGGUGGACCAGAAAAAUCAGAAGUGCAGAAUUCAAACACUACUGAAAUUGGUUUGGUAUGAUAGGGUGCCCAAGGGAUCACCCAUUCCUCUUGCAAACUUUGCAACUUGCAACGAUUUUGCACUCAAAUAACCAUCUGUUAUUUGGACAGCUGCACCUUGGAUCUUCAAAGAUCCACACACUUGUUGAAUGAACAGUGGCAUCAGGAUGUGAACUAAGCUAGAGUUAAGCCCUAGCCCUAUGCCCAAGGGUACUGGAGCUAUGCUGUACUUUUAUUUGCUCAGAAUU